AUGCAGCAGGUUGCAGCAGAUGAGGACGAACUAGACGAUGACAGCUCAGACGAGGAGGACCUUCUAGGCGGCUUCAUCCCAACCCCUAGCCAGAGCGCAACUUCUACCGCAGAAGACACCGAUCCGCAAUACACGCCACCGGCAAUCGACACAGAGCCUGACUCUCCGAUAUUACAAGAGCGCACCAUGUCACCGCCCUCCCCACCACCAGCACCAACACCCGCUCCCGCCGCUCCGACCGAGACCGCCGCUCCCGCUACCGCUCCAACGCAAACCACCCAGACCCUGCGUGGUCGCCACGGCGCCGAAAAAUCUGCCGCAAGCGCCGCCACAUCGCACUCAUCGGCCCGCGCCGCGCUCUUUGCCAAUCGCCGCAAGACUGCGGCGCCGCCGCAGACGUCUACGGCCACGGCCGAGGCCAUCCUCGACCAGCAGCGCGCGGAGCAGGACGCGCUGUCCGACUCGAUUCUGAAGCUAGCGGGCGCGCUCAAGGCCAGUUCGCACAGGUUCUCGUCGACGCUUGAGGCGGACAAGGAGGCCGUGAGCCGCGCGGGCGAGGGCAUGUCCAAGACGGAGCAGAGCAUGGAGGCGGCGCGCGGGCGCAUGCGCACGCUGCGCAAGAUGACGGAGGGCAAAGGAUGGUGGGGACGGAUGAUUCUGUACGCAUGGAUUUACGGGCUCAUGGUUGGCUUGGUCUUGCUUGUCUUUGUGUUUCCCAAACUGAGAUUUUGA